GACUAACCCCAAAUUAGUCAGGAGAAAGAUUCAAAUUGGGUGGGCAAGCAGGCAAGACUUGCAUUUCCCUCAUCUUCCAAGUGAAACAAGAAAAGAUGGGACUCCUGUACCUCUCCUGCUGCUUCCUGGCGCUGGUCUUCUCAGUCCACGCGGUACUGCUGGAUCCAAGGGGAGCUCGCCCUGUUGAGCAUGGCUACAAAGCCUCAGAGUGUGCUACCGAAAAGGAAUGGCCAGCUUGCACAGAUGAUGACUGGGGUCCCAAAUGUCCCUCUGGCUGCAGGAUUCAGGGGCUUUUAGACCAGGCCGAUCGGCAUCUCGUUAACAAGAUCGAUAAGAUCCGCAAGUUUCUGGAGGAGAACCGCAGACAUUACCGCUCCACUGACCAAGUCACCAAGCAGACCUACGACUUUCUGCGAGACAGGCUGGUCACAGACUCAGGCAAUGACAACAAAUACAUGGGUCUGGCUGAACAGCUACGGACCAGAAUAGCCAGUAUUAAAGUCAAGAUUGAGGCCCAACUCAAACUUCUUCAGGCACUGAAGGGACGUGUUCUAGAUCAAGUAAAGGAGAUGAAGAGAUUGGAGGUGGAUAUCGACAUCAAAUUGCGUUCAUGCAAGGGCUCCUGCGCCAGUUACACAGAGUACUCUGUCGACAGAGACAGCUAUAUCACCCUGGACAAACAGCUUGCCCAGUUGGAGGCCAUGGCUAUCCAGAGAGUUGAGACCGUGACCACCCUCCGGGUGAUGAAGAGCACGAUCUUGAAGGAAGUUACUGUUCCCAGUAUCUAUAAGUCCGGCGCAGGUGAGGGGCAGGAGCAGAAACAAGACUUCUUCGCUGAUGUUGACCAGCGUCAGUUAUCCCUGGAGGGCAUGGCAACCGGCUCGACAUCGACCACAGUCAAUAGCAGGGACCCAGGUACGGGGCACCUACCAUCCACUGCAACAGGGUCGAGCACAAAGGUACACAGCAGCACCCAUACCAUUUCAUGCACUAAAACCAUUAAAAAGGAAACACAUACGAAAGACGGGUCUGUCGAGAAAGUGGAGGUUGUCGAGGAAUCACCAGAAUGCAAGGGUCUGGAUGGUCACGGAAAAGAUGGUACAGGGACCACCCUUUUUUCCCGGGAGUUUGGGUCUUUCUUUGAGGAUCCAACUAAUGGGAAAUCAAUCACAACCUUCAGCCAAGGUGGCGGUGAUGAUUUAUUCAAGUUCACCAGCCAUAGCUCCACCAGCACCAAAUCCGUGAAGGGUGGGUCCCUCAAGGACGUAUUCUCUGAAUUUGGUGGUUUGACGGGUGGGGCAGUGGAAGAGGACCUUCCAGACAUCCAUGCCCGUAGUCUGAAGAGCCCCUCUGAAGCACGGCAGAGCGAUUAUGUUGGAAAAGAUUGCGUUGAUAUCCUCCAGAAGCAUACAUCAGGAGAUAAAAGUGGCCUGUUCAAAAUUAAGCCAGAUGGCUCACAGGAUGUAGUAGAGGUUUACUGUGACCAUGACACAAUGCUCGCUGGCUGGGUCCUGGUGCAGCAGAGAAUGGAUGGGUCCGUUAACUUCAACCGGACUUGGAAGGACUACAGGGAUGGAUUUGGCAGUGUAGACCAGCGAGGCCGGGGGGAGUUUUGGCUGGGAAAUAAGUACCUGCAUCUCCUCACUCAGGCAGAGAGCAUGCUCAGGGUAGAACUGGAGGACUGGGAAGGCCAGGAAUUUUAUGCAGAGUACUUGGUUAGGAUAGGAACAGAGGCAGAGGGGUAUCCUAUACAUGUCUCUGGGUACCAGGGCAACGCUGGGGAUGCACUUGUGAGUGGGCAACCCGAUUUAGGUGCUUUCCUGUCUCACGCCAACAUGAAGUUCAGCACAUAUGACAGAGACAACGAUAAGUGGGAGGAGAACUGUGCCGAGAUGUAUGGGGGUGGCUGGUGGUACAACAACUGCCGGUCAGCUAAUCUUAACGGCAUAUAUUUCAAGGGGGGUCAGUACGAUCCAGGUAGCAAUGUUCCCUACGAGAUUGAAAAUGGUGUAGUCUGGCUGCCGUUGAAGCCAGCAGACUACUCACUGAAAACUGUUCGGAUGAAAGUCAGGCCCAUUGCCACUAUGUGAGAUCACGUCUGGAACUACAUUUGUCUAGAUCACAAAAAAUUAUCUGAAUUUUAAUAUAUAAAAAACCCACUGUAACUCCGAGAAGCUUUUCCAAUAAAAAACAUGUGUUCACUGAA